ACAACAUUCUUCAAGCCUGUUUGUAUAAGUAGUUUCUGAGCUCUGGCAUUCAUCGCCAAGCAGUACUCCGAGCCUGCUACAAGGAAUGGAGCCCGGAGUAGCAGCUCAGGAGGCGCGAUGGAGCUCGUUUGGCGCCGAGGACUCUGAGAUCAUGGCGCAGUUGCUUGGCCCCUUCUCUUGCACCAACGAGCAAGCAGUGAAGGAUCUCAGCUUUGGCCUGUCUUCAAUGUCUUGGUCUUCAGACCACGCUGCUGAUUCCUAUGAUUCCUCGUCCGAGAACGUUACCAGCUUUUUCGGUCACUGUUCGGGCUACGAGAGCUACUACCUGAGUGAACCAAAUGCUGCUCCUGCAAUCAACACGAGCUCUGCCUCCGCCUUCACCGCCUAUUGCACGGUGGGAGACCAACUCAUCACCCCUUCCCUCCGGCUCAUCCCCAACCCUUCGUUCGGUGAUCCGACCAACGCGAACGAGGAGACGAGCAGCGACGACGCCGGUGACUCGAGCUUCAUCCUCUCGGAACCUGUUCCUGGGAUGACACUGCCCAAAAGGAAGCUCAAUACCUACGAGGAUGACAGUCCUGAUGAUGUCUCCAAGAAGAAGGCCAAGGCUGGAGCAAAUGCCCCCAAGAAUGCAAAGAAGGCACAGUCCAAGAGACCACAGAAGACAACCAAGAGCAGCGAUGAUGAAGACAAGAUGAACAACACUGCCGCAAAUGGCCGGAGUUCAUGCAGCUGCUUGUCGGAGGAUGACUCACUCGCUGAUCUCAACGGAGGAGGCACUACGACCUCCGGCUCUCCUGCUCUCAUUCUGGCUGGAAAAGCAAGAGCAGGUCGGGGUUCAGCCACCGAUCCACAAAGCCUAUACGCAAGGAAAAGGAGAGAGAGGAUCAAUGAGAAGCUGAAGAUAUUACAGAAUCUGGUGCCUAAUGGAACCAAAGUUGACAUCAGCACAAUGCUGGAGGAAGCUGUUCAAUAUGUGAAGUUCUUGCAGCUCCAAAUUAAGCUGUUGAGCUCAGAUGAGUUGUGGAUGUAUGCUCCUAUUGCUUACAAUGGGAUGAACAUUGGACUCGAUCUAAAGAUCUCUCCACCACAGUAAUCAGUGAGUGUGACAAAGAUCAGAUUAUGUUUUCUUGUAAUACAGGAAUCAUCAUUACAAUCAUGUGAUGACCUUAUUAUCCUAAUAUUCUUAAGAGCUAUCGAGAAGUAAUCAUGUUCUUCCAAACUCUUGUCCUUCUUUUCUGGACGAUGAAGGAAUUGACCAAAUUCCAGAUCACUGUAUACGACAUGGGAUGAACUCAUUAAGGUCCUCUCAGAAAGUUGCUUUGGAAUUCCCGUCAGAAUAGAUCA